AUGUCAAGUCCCAUUCGAUCGCCUAGUGAGGGAACUGCCAACACAAAACAGGGUGCGGGCCAAGAUGGAGGUGCCACUCCGACGCGAUCAAUUGCUCCGCAAGAGGCGGAGACGCCAAUGCGAAUGGGUCCCGGUCGUGUGGGAGCCAGACCAUCGGACAAUAUCAGCUUGCCGCCUACUUCACCGGGCAAUAUAAGUUUGCCCGCUACAAGUCCGGCUCGUGGUUUGGGCGCCAAUAUGAGUGAAAUUGAUUUGAGUUCACCGCUCAAUUAUGGUACGCCAAGUUCCAUGGGUUCUAUACGAACACCGCGUUCAGGUAUACGUGGAACGCCUUUGCGUUCACGUCCAGAUAUCAGGACAGACAAGCGCAUACGCCAAGUGGCUAUUGGAGGUGCUUCCGGGCUGGAUCCCAUACCCGAGAAGGGCGGUUCGGAAACUACCGAUCCUGUUUCGGAGGCAUCAACUGGUCCCCAGUUGGUUGUGUGGGGCACGAAUGUGGUUGUUAGCCAGUGUAAAUCCAAGUUUAAGUCAUUCAUUAUGCGAUUCAUUGAUCCAAGUGCCGAGCAAGACGAGAUUUCUGAGAACAUUGAUGUCAAUCAGCCACUGUAUCUCCAGAAGCUUGAAGAGAUUCACACUCUGGAGGAGCCCUAUUUGAAUCUCAAUUGCGCACAUUUGAAGACCUUUGACCAGGACUUGUACCGUCAGCUGAUAUGCUAUCCACAGGAAGUGAUUCCAGGCUUUGAUAUGGCCAUCAAUGAGAUGUUCUUUGAACGUUAUCCGGCCGCCUUGCUGGAGCAUCAGAUCCAAGUGCGUCCCUUCAAUGCGGACAAGACGCGUAAUAUGCGUUCAUUGAAUCCUGAAGAUAUGGAUCAAUUGAUCAGUAUUAGCGGCAUGGUCAUACGUUCCUCAAAUGUCAUCCCUGAGAUGCGUGAGGCCUUCUUUUCCUGCAACAUCUGCUCCUUCUGCACCACCGUCGAGGUUGAUCGCGGUCGCAUUUCUCAGCCCACAUUGUGCUCAAAUUGCAACACCAAUCACUGUUUCCGUCUCAUACACAAUCGUUCUGAAUUUACGGAUAAACAGCUCGUCAAACUGCAAGAAUCCCCGGAUGACAUGGCUGCCGGACAAACACCACACAAUGUCAUGCUCUAUGCCCACAACGAUUUGGUAGAUAAAGUACAGCCAGGUGAUCGAGUCACUGUCACGGGUAUCUAUCGAGCUACGCCCUUGAAAGGCAAAGGAUUGAAUGUAAAGAGUGUCUAUAAAACUCAUGUGGAUGUGGUGCAUUUCCGGAAAGUUGACAACAAGCGACUCUAUGAGGAGGAAGAAGGCAAAGACCACAUAUUCCCUCCGGAACGCAUUGAACUGCUGCAGUUGCUGUCAAAGAAGCCCGAUAUCUAUGAUCGCCUUGCCCGAGCUAUUGCUCCAUCGAUUUAUGAGAAUGAUGACAUAAAAAAGGGCAUCCUUCUACAGCUUUUCGGUGGCACCAAGAAAAAACAUUCGACUUUGGGUCGACAGAAUUUUAGAUCUGAGAUUCAUUUAUUGCUUUGCGGUGAUCCCGGAACAUCUAAAUCCCAGAUGCUUCAAUAUGUCUACAAUUUGGUACCCCGUUCUCAAUAUACCUCUGGUCGAGGAUCAUCCGCAGUGGGUUUGACAGCUUACGUCACCAAGGAUCCGGAGACACGACAAUUGGUGUUGCAAACGGGUGCUCUCGUCUUGGCCGAUAAUGGUGUUUGCUGCAUUGAUGAGUUCGACAAAAUGAACGAUUCCACUCGGAGUGUCCUGCACGAGGUUAUGGAGCAACAAACAUUGAGUAUUGCCAAGGCGGGCAUCAUUUGCCAACUGAAUGCCAGGACAUCCAUUCUAGCUGCUGCCAAUCCAGCCGAAUCGCAGUGGAAUAAGCGCAAAAAUAUCAUCGAUAAUGUGCAAUUGCCGCACACCCUUCUUUCCCGCUUUGAUUUGAUAUUUCUGGUGUUAGAUCCACAGGAUGAAAUCUUCGAUAAGCGUUUGGCCAGUCAUCUGGUAUCUCUCUAUUAUGUUACACGCCACGAAGAGGAGGACACCAUGUUUGAUAUGAGUGUUCUAAGAGAUUACAUUGCCUAUGCCCGUGAGCAUUUAUCUCCCACUCUUUCUGAUGAAGCCCAACAACGUCUGAUUCAGGCCUAUGUUGAUAUGCGCAAAGUUGGUGCCGGUCGCGGUCAGAUCUCUGCCUAUCCUCGGCAAUUGGAGAGUUUGAUUCGUUUAUCUGAGGCCCAUGCUAAAGUACGACUGAGCGGCACAGUAGAGCUAGAGGAUGUAGAAGAGGCCUGGCGCCUUCAUCGUGAGGCCCUUAAGCAAUCGGCCACAGAUCCGUUGUCUGGUAAAAUUGAUGUGGGCAUCCUCACUACAGGCUUGUCCACAGCCGCCCGCAAGAAACGCGCAGAUCUGGUGGCAGCAAUUAAAGAGAACCUUAAGAAAAAGGGCAAAGUACCCACAGUACCAUAUCAAAAAUUGUUCAAAGAGAUCAAGGAGGGCUCGCAAAUUUUAAUAACUCGCGAGCAGUUUGAAGAUGCGUUGAAAGAGGUUCAGGAUGAGGGCACCAUUGUUGUAAUGGGCAAAAAUACCAUAAGAAUUUGUUAAUUUUAUUAUUAUUUAUCAUUAAUUUUCAUGCAUACAAAUUUCAUUCCCAAUUCAUUAAUGUUUACAAAUAAAGAUUUUCCAAAUAA